GAACCACCAUGCAGAAUGUCCUGAAGACACGCGCGGCGAAACACUCGUGUGCUCGUUAAUCCGCUCUUCUCCUGCGUUCUUUUCGCCUGUUCGCUGUACGUUGCGAAGGGAGAAAAAGAGAAAGAAAGAAAGAAAGAAAGAAAGAAAGAAAGAAAGAAAGAAAGAAGAAAAGGACGAGCCGCUCGUCCUGGCGAACAUGUAACCUCGAGGAUACCAUCGCAUCCUUGACGAAGACUCGCGACGACGGCUUGUUUGACUUGGCGCUUUGAGAAUUUUCGCUCAAAGUACGAGACACGAGAUACCGCGAGUAUAUCAUCUCCGUGAGAGUAGAGCGGCAGGCUUUCUCGCACGUGACACGUUAAAAUCGCUCGACAAACGCUCGUGGGAGAUGCUGCUCCUCCUCUGUGGACGCGUCUAACAUCCAUCAUCUGACGUCGGAGCAACAACACAGAAUAGCUGUCGAAAUGUUAUCGCCGCUGUUGCUGUUCGGCAUAGCCCUGUCCGUCAUGGGUGGCUACGUGCCGCCGGGGCCGCGAUUCAGGUGUCCCAAAGACACGAUCUACAUCUACCCCUGCACUUGCCUACGGGGUAGCGACAGGGGUCUGUACGUCCGCUGCGAGAACACGAAUCUGGCCAGUCUCAGCCUUGCCUUCGUGAAUCUGGGAAACGAGGGCAUGCCGAUCGAGGAACUGGUUCUGUACAAGUGUAAUAUAGUGCGAUUUUACGGACCCGCCCUGUAUCCCCUGGACGUGCGGGUGCUGAAGUUGAUCGACACGCCGCUCCGGCUGAUCGAGGAGCACAGCUUCCUCGGCGUGAACCGAACCCUCCAGGAGCUGCACGUGAUAAACAGCAAUCUGGAGAAAUUCCCGCGCGAGGCACUGCAGGUCCUCGGUAAUCUCAGCCUGCUGAGCAUCGCCGGCCACCGGAUAUCUACUUUGCCGGGCAAUAGCUUCGGUGAAAGCGCGGCGGCGGCCAAGCUGGAAAAAUUGGAGAUCAGCAACGGCACGUUAUCCUCUUUGCCUGUUGAGGCACUGACGCCGUUGAAGAAACUCAAAACGCUCGAUUUGCACGGCAACAAAAUAAAAGACCUGAAGAGGAAUCAGUUCAAAGGCCUGAGAGACACCGAGUUUUUGGACCUCUCUCACAAUUCGAUUGACAAAUUAGACCCGUCCCAUCUGGCGGAUCUCACGAAGAUGGGAUGGUGCAACAUGUCGCACAACGCUAUCGCCGACCUGAAGAGAGGAACCUUCGCCCGAAACUCCGUCUUGAAGGUACUGAACCUGAGCCACAACAAGAUCAGGAAGUUGGACUCGAACACCUUCCGCGGCAUGCGCUUCCUCAGACGAUUGUAUCUGAGCGACAACCAGAUUAACGACGUGGGACGCGGAACCUUCGGCUCCGUUACCAGAAUCGGCACCAUCGACCUCGCGCGAAAUUUCAUCAAGAAGGUCGACUUCCAGAUGUUCAACCAGUUGCAAUUUGCCGAGCUCCUGGACGUCUCGGAGAAUUUCGUGACGGUCGUGGAGAAACUGGCGUUCAAGGAUCUCUACCUGGCGAAGGUGAAUCUCUCUCACAAUGAGAUCUCGAAAAUCGAGCCGGGCGCCUUUGAGAAUUGCGCGAACAUUACGUCGUUGGAUCUCAGUUACAACAAGCUGGAAAAUAUCUCCAAGUAUUCCUUCGACAGCGCGACGUACGCCACCGAGUUGCAACUGAGUUACAAUCUUUUCACAUCUCUGAAUCAGAUCCCGCUGCACAAUAUGACGGGCAUGAAGGUUCUGAACGCGUCGCACAAUCUGAUACAUUCGGUCCCGCGACAGACCUUUCCAAAACUGUACGAGCUCCACACGAUCGACCUGUCGUACAACAACCUGUCCGAGAUUCACAACGCCGUGUUCCAGACGCUCUUCAGCCUACGGUUUCUCAAUUUGUCACAUAAUUCUCUGGAGAAGAUCAAACCGUCAACCUUCGGGCCGCUACCGACGCUUCUCGAGCUGGACAUGAGCUACAAUCAGUUGAACGACAUCGCGCGCGGUAGUCUCACUCGAUUGGCCAGUUGCAGGAGUCUAACCGUGAGGGACAACCGGCUGACCAAGAUAUUCCAGUUGCCGAUCUCGUUGGGCCAAUUGGAUUUUUCGGAGAACCUGCUGGAAGAAAUCCCGAGCACGGACGUGUGGCCCACGAUGAACGCGCUGCUCGCGCUGGACUUGUCGCGAAACCGGCUGGCCGAUAAUCUGCAAGAGGGUAGCUUCGAAAACCUGCUGACCCUGAGAACCUUAGACUUGCGAGCGAACAACAUCACGAGACCACCUUGGCAAGCGCUGAGCAGCCUCAGCAGUCUGCAGUAUCUCUAUCUGCAAGACAACCACUUGACGAGACUGGAGAAGGCCGCGUUCGGUCGCUUGCCGAUAGUGUUCGAGUUGAAUUUGGCCAACAACAAAAUCAACAACGUGACGAGCCGCGCGUUCGAGGGUCUGCUGCAGCUGCUGACGUUGAACCUGACAAACAACAACAUCAGCCACAUACCGAACGGAGCGUUUCAGGGCUUGGUGUCGUUGAGGACUCUCGACCUGUCGUACAACAAACUGGAGAAACUGGACAACAAGACGCACGGUCUGCUCGACGACUGUCUGUCCCUGGAGAGGCUGAACCUCAGCCACAACAAGAUCUCCUUCAUCACGCGAAAGACUCUGCCGAACGAUCCGUGGAUCCCUUACAGGUUGAAGGAGGUUGACCUGUCUUACAACACAAUGCCGGUGGUCACCUUCGAUCUCAUCGCCGGCGCCAAGAAGAUUCAGUACUUGAAUUUCAGUCACAAUAACAUCAAUGAGAUCAGGAGAUAUGUAAUCGGGAAUUUAACGGCUUUGCAGACGCUGGAUUUGUCGUACAAUGACAUAAGCGACAUCUCCGAUCGAGACGUCUUUCUGCCGCCGUCAAAUUUGACUGACCUGCACCUGAGCAACAAUCGCCUGAGUUACGUGCCGCUCGACAAGAUCCUGCCGUUACCGAAUCUCAAAGUCCUCGAUCUGGAGGAGAACGAGAUCAGCGUGUUCGACGAGAAGUACAUGAAGAUCAUUCAGAACGGCACGGUGCUGAGAUACGUCGGGAAUCCGAUGCACUGCGAUUGCCACGCGCGGCCUCUGAAGAGGUGGCUGAACGCGCAAACGCAGCUUCCGGCGGAGUGGUCGAACGUGAUGUGCGACAGUCCCAAUUAUCUCGCGGACAAACCCAUCUCGAGGAUCACGGAGGAUCUCAUGAACUGCGGGGAGAGAGAUAUCCAAGAGGAGCCCGAGCUGGACAUCACACCGGACGUGAAAUAUCGAGAUAUCGAAUACGACACCGACGACAACAGCUGGAAGGCGACGUGGUACGUGACUACGCGCGAGGACAUCGGUGACUUCUACGUGGUGGUCCGCGAGUUCGGCAGCAGCAAGUCCACCGUCGAGAAAGACGUCGUCUACAGUGAGAGAUCCUUCAAGAUCCACGACCUCAAGGAGUCGAGCACAAAGUACGAGCUAUGCGUGUUGGCGCGCGAUUCCGAGGGUAACGUCAAGCACUUCCGGAACUCGCAGUGUCAGAUCCUGAAUCACCACAGCUCCGGCUCGCCCCUCGGCCUCGCGGCGAGCCUGUACUUUGCGAUGGCCGCCGCUUCCUUCUGCAUUCUCACAUGAGACUUCGUUAGCGCUCGCCGCGAGAGUAACAUUCGCAGCGCAUCAGCGGGUCAUUCCACGUCCGGAAGGUGGGAUGUGUUACGCACGAUGAAGGGAGAACAGCGACACUUCGCGUGUCGCUAGCCGAUUAAUCAAUUUCGCCGAUCGUUCCGCUAUUGUAUCGCAUGCUUCAGGUCGCGUUGAGGCGCGAGAAAAGCGACAAUUGUGUUAAGUAAAUUAAUAUAUUCCCCGAGACGUGCGCGUUGUACAUAGGUCACGACGGGUCAGCCCGUUUGAACGUAGAGACGUUGAACGUCGUGUAUUUAUUUUUGUAAAAUACAUACCCCGUCCACACACACAAGCUCCUCUCUUCAUUACUCUUACCUUUUUUUCUCUCGACGAACUCAACAUUGGAAGAAACGUAGCUGCGAAAACGCGCCUGAUGGCCGCGCUGCAACGAGAUCUCUAUCGACGAUCCAUCAUCGAGGGAGCGUAGGGAGGAUCGUCGGCGAUC